CUGGGCUGAGGAAUUGUGUUGUGGUCAGAGCAGACAUACACAUUCUCACACACAGGCCGAGUUUGUUGUUGCAGCCAGACAAUCUUAAAGAGCCAGUGGAUCUUGCCAUGGAUUUAAUGGAGCUGUUCUUUGUCUGCCUUGGUGCUGCAGUCGUAGUCUUUUAUGGAGUGAAAAUGGUCCACUUCGCUAAGAUGCUUUAUCCCAGAGUUUGCUUUCCGCAGCCAGAUUCCUUCUUUACAUCAAUGGGAGAGUGGGCAGUGGUCACUGGUGGGUCAGACGGGAUAGGGAAGGCUUACGCCUUUGAGCUGGCAGGACGUGGGCUGAACGUGGUGAUCCUGAGCAGAACCAAGGACAAACUGGACCGGGUGGCACUGGAGAUAGGAGAAACCACGGGCCAGAAAGUGAAAGUGAUCGUAGCCGAUUUCACUGAGGAUGACAUGUACGAACACAUUGAGGAGAACCUGAAAGGCUUAAAUAUCAGUGUAUUAGUGAACAACGUGGGGAUUCUGCCCAGUCAUAUUCCCUGCAAGUUCCUGCAGACUAAGGACCUGGAACAGAGAAUUACAAAAGUGAUCAACUGCAAUGUGAAAGCCUUGGUCAAGAUGUGCCAAAUAGUCCUGCCAGGGAUGGAGAAGAGAGGGAAGGGAGUGAUCGUGAACAUCUCCUCUGGUGUUGCCAGUGUUCCCUCCCCCAUGUACACCAUGUACUGCGCAUCAAAGGUGUUUGUGGAGAGGUUCUCUCAAGGUCUGCAGGCUGAAUAUAAAGCAAAAAGAAUCAUGAUACAGGCAGUGGCUCCAUUUGGGGUGUCCACCCCCAUGACGGGCUACCAGAAGUCCAACAUGGUGACGCUGACAGCGGAGGACUUUGUCAGGACAUCCCUGGAGUACCUCCAAGCCGGGGACAAGACCUACGGCAGCAUCUGUCACACAGUACUGGGUUGGAUGGUACAGGCUGUUCCUCAGCAGAUCCUCCACAGUGAGACCAUGCAGGACAGUCUACUGGAGUAUGUGAAGAAAAGAGUGGGGACAUAGGUCAUAGGAGAUCACCUGCAACACAUGCACUAUUUUAGCAUCAUGUACUGUAUGCUUGUCUGUAAAUAAUAUGAUGCCUUUUAAAUAACUUUUUCAUAUGUAUGUUUUUCUAAAACAAGAGGACUGUAAAAUACAUUUUUAACUCAUACUUCUAGUAAGUUGAACUCAAAAUCAAUGUUUAUGUGAUACUGACUCAAAAUGAGAAGUCACACCAACUUUUCCCAGCAUGCUCUGCUGCAGGUCGAUUUUUUGGAAUCUGUGUUUUUUAAUAUACAUUGAGUGAUUGAUUGAUUAAUCUUAUACUACACAAAGAUAAAUAACAUACCUUUUUAUAAACUAAUCCAAUAAUUUUGUUUGAAUUUUUAACUUGUUACUGAAAUGGUUGUUCCAGGUUAAAUGGCUUAGGCGGUCUCCUCCCAUUGUUCCUAACCCUGGCAGUCAUUAUCAGGUUGCGGGUGAAUACAAAUGUCAACUGUUGGAUAGCCUAACUGGCUGGAUUCCAAUAGAAAUUACAGCAUAAUGUGACUUGCAGGUAGAAGUUUAAACAGAAGUAAAUUUCCCCCUUUGGAAGAUUCCUCGAAAGAAUUCCUCGAUUUACAAAUCUGGGAAUUUUGGGAAAGUUACCAGAAUUCUGCAACCCUACUUGAAGGACUGAUGUGACCUGUAAACCAUGAGUUCCAGGCCAUUGUAUAAAGGUAUAUAAAAUAAGACCUUAUAAGAUAUGUAAUGUAUUGUCAUAAAGAGUUUAAUUAUCAUAGGAACUCAGUAUUUGAAGGCCACAUGACUGAAAGUUAAUGAAUUCAACAACCAUGUCUCUGUCACUAACAAAUACAGUCAUGGGUGGUAACUCUACAAUUCAUUUGAAAAGGAAAUUAUAUUUAACAUUUUCAAGCUGAUAUAAUUAAAAUAUGGACCCCCUACAGGGUCACAGUGACUC